CUAGUCGUUCACGCCUUGGCAUUUUGAUUCAAAAUUUCUUAUUGAUCGUUUGUUUUGUUUUAAAAUUUUAUGCCGAACGAUAGUAGAAUUUUCCCUUCGAUAUGUUGAAGUUUUCACGAGGUAGAGGACGAAAACCUGAUCCUAAAGAUAAAAUCGCUCAGGAAUUAUUGGCUUUUAACAAGUUAACUGAACAUGGCUUUCCUCACAAACCCACCGCUGUCGCUUAUGAUAAAGAACUUGGUCUUUUAGCUGUUGGUACAUCGACUGGCUUUCUCAAAAUUUUUGGCAAACCUUGUGUAGAACUUACUGCCUAUCCUGCGACCAAGACCAGAAUACAGGAAUUACAUUUCUUACCUAAACAGGGAAGAAUUAUCAGUGUCUGCGAUGAUGUUACACAUGACAGUGUUCACCUUUUGGAAAUCAACGAGCGAGAUGGAAAAGCUGUUUUGGAAGAGGUGAAAACAUGCAUGUUGCAAGGAAGAUUGAAGAAGAUAGCUGUUUGCUCGCUCUCAAUGAAGACGAAUAGACUUUAUCUUGGAACGGAGGGUGGAAAUAUUUACCUUCUUGAUAUAAUAACAUUUGAUCUUUUGGAUCACAUCAUUUAUCAAGAUGUUGUUAUUCAAGGUGUUCCUGAAGAGUAUAAGACAGUCAAUCCAGGUUCAGUUGAGGCCAUCCAAGAAAAUCCCAUGAACAAGGAACAGGUUUUGAUAGGCUACAAAAAAGGUCUAAUGGUUUUGUGGAAUCAUCAAUCUGGCGAUCUAAAGGAGUCCUUUUGCUCAAUGCAAGGUUUGGAGAGUUUGUACUUUCAUCAUUCGGGCGAGAAAUUUGUCAGCUCUCAUGCCGAUGGUAGCUUGACCGUGUGGAAUCUUAGAGAAGAUGCAGAAGCAAAAUGUGAAUCUCCUUGUGAAUCACCAUGUCCAUUUGGACCUUUUCCAUGCAAGGCUAUCACAAAGGUUUGUUGGAAUGAGCCAUACACUAUCUUCAGUGGUGGAAUGCCUCGAGCAAGCUACGGAGAUCGACAUUGUAUCUCCGUUAUUUGUGGUGAUUCAACGCAAGCGACGUUUGAUUUUACAUCGAGAGUCGUUGAUUUCUUUGUUAUAUUUGAUAAACUUGAGAAAUCUAAUCCAAGAUCUUUAGCAGUCCUUUGUGAACAUGAGUUUGUUAUCAUUGAUUUGCUCAAAGAAAAUGGCUACCGGACGUACGCAUCGCCAUAUUUAUCCUGCAUUCAUUCGUCGUCAAUCACGUGCUCUCAACAUAUUCAAAAUUGUCCUGAAGAUAUGUGGAAGUUUUUAAAAGAAGCUGGUUUAAAGCAUCUUGGCAACAAUUAUCCACCUGAGGAUUGGCCAAUCACAGGAGGUCGUUCGUUACUUUCGAAGAAUAACAAACAUGAUAUUUUAAUCACAGGACACGAAGAUGGCUCCGUCAAAUUCUGGGACGUUUCUUCUCUUAAUAUGAGCCCGCUUCACUCGAUCCAGACCUCCCGAUUCUUUUCCGGAGAUCAUGAGCCCGCAGAUCAACUAGACGGCGAUGAUGAAGGCUGGCCCCAUCUUCGUAAAGUUGGCGUUUAUGAUCCGUUCUGUGAUGAUCAAAGAUUGGGCGUCCAGAAAAUUUAUUUUGACCCUUUUUGGAAAGUCCUCGUUGUUGGAGGCCAUGGAGGUCAGGUGGUUGUUAUGGAUAUACAGAAUGAAGAAAAGGAUGUUGAAAUAAAGGUAAUCGAUGUCAACUUAGUGAAAGAAUUUGAGAAUUUUAACUGGAAAGGUCACGGACCUCUUACACCACACUCAGGAUCCAUUAAGGUCCCUAUGGGAUUCAAACCGAUCGUGAUUGCCCAACUAACACCUGCGUCUAGUGUCACUGCGCUUGCGCUAAAGGCCAAAUGGGGAUUACUCUCUGUUGGAAGCACCCACGGGUUCUUCAUCUUAGAUUUUAUUCAGAAAGUUGCAACAUUACAACGUUGUACAGUCAGUCUUGAUGACAUGGACAGUGAAGGAGGAACUUUGGUUCGACGACGAACUCUGAAAGAAUCUUUACGAAGAUCAUUCAGACGGUUGCGCAGUGGAAGACGUAGCGGUCGAAGACGACAAAAUACCCGAACUGGAAAAGAUUCGAGGCACCAGUCUCCCAGCAGUGGCGAAGAAGCUCCUGUACAAAGAUUAAUUGACGAAAAUAGCAAGAUUGGUGAAGGUUAUCAAGGCCUUGUAAGAUGUUUAUAUAUGGUGGAUACGUUUGUGAAAGAUGGUGUUCACCAUGGUCCCUCGCUAUGGGUGGGUACAAACUCCGGUUAUAUUUACCCCUAUACGAUAGAACUCCCUCCCGAUGAUGAAAGAAAAAGUUCUAGCGUCCAGGCUUUUGCAAAGAAACCCGAAAUUCGUCUAAAACACAACGCAGCUGUGAUAUCGAUGUUGGUUGUCGAUAAAGAUGGCCAACCAAUGCAUGAAGAUUAUUUAGUGAAGAAUGGAGAAGAAAAAGCUGCGGACAUGAGCGGUAAUCACUCUAUAAUCAUAUGCUCAGAGGAGCAAUUCAAAGUUCUCUCACUACCACAGCUGAGAAUUAAACACAAAGAAAAGUUAACCGCCAUUGACGGAUCCAAAGUUCGUAAACUUGGUGUAAUAUCGCUUAGAAGUGAAGAUGUCUCAGAUGAAACAUACGCUUGUCUUGGCUGUCUUAACAAUCAAGGAGAUCUGAACGUCUUUGGUUUGCCCAGUCUUAGGCAACUCCUUAAAGUGAAUUGUUUAAAACGUGAAGAUAUGUUGGCUAUACAAUCCUUGCUCUUCACAAGACUGGGUGAAGGAUUUUACUUACGUUCGCCUUCUCAGCUAGAACGAUUUUCUCUUGCUGUAUCUCACAAUGUCCGCCCUGAUUGUGUAUUGAAUUUACCGGAUGAAGAGGAGAAGGAAGGUGCUGCAAAUGAAGCAGAGGAUGAUUCAAAUAUAGGAGACACGAAAUCCGAUGAACACGUGACUCGUCACCAGACCACCAAUAUCGUGGAGAGCCACGAGGAGAACACAGUUGUGGUAAGAAGUGCGAGACAUUCGUCCAAAUCAAAAAAGACCACAACAGUCGAUGUGGCGAAUACUACGCAAAAUAAGGAAUUAUUAAAUAAUGGUGACCAUUCGGAGGAAAACCACAGGGGGGUGAGGUCGAUUUCACCAUCAUCAAGUGAUGGCGAUGGGACUACAUUUAAAGCACCUGGGAUAUCACACAAGAAGGAGGAUCAACGAGGCGUUAAUGAUCUUGAGAUAAAUCCACGUUAUUAAAUCUAGGAAAGUUAUGAACAUAAUUUAGAGACGACCUGAAUGUUUCAAUGAAAUAGGCUCGAGGUUCCCGUACUGAGGUUAAAGUACUAAUUUAACAUAAGUUUGUUGUGCCUGCAAUGAUGAAGUAAAUGUGUUAAUUUAACAUUCGCUUUCUUGUGCUUGCAAUGAUGAAGCAAAUGUGUUAAUUUAACAUAAGUUUGUUCUGCUAGCAAUGAUGAAGUAAAUGUGUUAAUUUAACAUAAGUUUGUUGUGCUAGCAAUGAUGAAGUAAAUGUGUUAAUUUAACAUAAGUUUGUUGUGCUAGCAAUGAUGAAGUAAAUGUGUUAAUUUAACAUAAGUUUGUUGUGCUAGCAAUGAUGAAGUAAAUGUGUUAAUUUAACAUAAGCUUUCUUGUGCUAGCAAUGAUGAAGUAAAUGUGUUAAUUUAACAUAAGUUUGUUGUGCCUGCAAUGAUGAAGUAAAUGUGUUAAUUUAACAUUCGCAUUCUUGUGCUUGCAAUGAUGAAGCAAGUGUGUUAAUUUAACAUAAGUUUGUUGUGCUCGCAAUGAUGAAGUAAAUGUGUUAAUUUAACAUAAGUUUCUUGUGGUUGUUUUCACUAACCUAGGCAAUAAUAUGGGCAAAUACUAAUAGUUUUAGUAAUGUAAUGUUAUUAUAUAGUUAGAAAUGUUUUCUUUAAAUAAUCUUGCUUCUAGUAGAAGUUAUUUAAAUCUUUAUGCUUCUACCAUUGUGCUAUUAUUAUAUUCUUUUGAAACCAAAGUGAAAAUAUUGUGGAUUGACAGUGUAAAAUAUUAUUAUACAUGAUUUAGUUAUUGAAUAUGCAACUCUGUUCCUUAUUGGUAAUAAAUCUACGCAUGUCCCUUCAGAGUUAUAAAGCUCGCCGAGAGGUGCAAGUGUAUUACUUUAUGUAAGAAUAAAUUUAUUAAUUGUA